AUGGAAUCAAUCAAUGUCGUAAUUGAUGAUACUGAUUUGAAAAGUAUAGAUUCAGCUGAAGAGACAGAUGUAGUCACACCUGUCCCAACACCAGAUGAUGAUCAAGCUGAAUCUGAUUAUGUUCAAGACUUUGAGCCUAAUACAGAGAAUUUGAGACCAAACAAAGGUCCAUCAAUCAGAGUUCAGAAGAACCACUCAAAGGAAAUCUCUAUUAGAAAUCCUGACCAAGGAGUUACCAUAAGAAGAUCUACAUAUGUAAUUCCCAAGAAUUUGAAAGAAGAAGCUCAAUCUAGAAAAUUAAGGGGCAAGCUAAGGAAAUGUGAUAUGAACUCUUCUCCUAAAGUUAAUGUUAAUGUUGGUACUUUUGGUAAAGUCAUGAUUGACUAUGUGAUUGAUUGGCUCAAGAAAACCGUUCUUGAGACUAAUGUUGUGCAAGAUGUUGACACAUCUUUGGCCCGAGAGAAUACACAAGGUGUUGGCACAUCUGUCCAGGCUGGAGCACUUUCAAGGAAGCAGAUGAUUGCUGAUCUUACUGAGACUAGCAGAGCCCUUGAGGCUAGAAAAUUAAAAAUUGAUCGUGUGAUUGAGGCACUAAAGGCUGAGGAGGCUGCUGAGACUGUUGAGGGUGAGCCCAAUGGACAAGAAGGAGAAGGAACUAGUGGCUCUGAGGAUGGCUCUGAGGAUUUGAUAAUGGAGGAACAACGUUACGAGGUAAUGCAUGUACUUGGUUCCGGCAACUUUGCCGUGACUAAGUUGGCCAAAAACAUCGAAACCGGAGAACUUGUUGCUAUCAAGUACAUUCAAAGAGGAGAGAAGAUCGAUGAGAAUGUUGAAAGGGAGAUAAUUAAUCAUAGAUCUUUAAACCAUCCACAUAUCAUCAAUUUCAAAGAGUUAUUUGUGACACCCUCUCAUUUGGCGAUUGUCCUUGAAUAUGCUAAUGGUGGUGAACUAUUUCAUAGGAUAGCCUCUAACAUUAUCCCUAAGGGUCGCAUUACUGAAAAGGAGGCAAGAUAUUUCUUCCAGCAACUAAUAUCUGGAGUCCAGUACAUGCAUUCCAUGCAAAUUUGUCAUAGGGAUUUGAAAUUGGAGAACACUCUAUUGGAUGGAAAUCCAAGAACUCCUCAACUCAAAAUUUGUGACUUUGGUUACUCUAAGUCUACUCUGCUGCACUCUCGACCCAAAUCAGUGGUUGGAACUCCUGCAUACAUUGCACCAGAGAUUUUAUCUAGACAGUCACAGGAGUAUGAUGGAAAGCCUGCGGAUGUUUGGUCAUGUGGUGUUAUUCUUUAUGUCAUGCUAGUUGGAUCAUACCCAUUUCAAGAUCCAGAAGAUCCUAAAAAUUUCAGAAAGAUUAUUAAGAAAAUAGUGGAUGUUCAAUACUCCAUACCUGGCUAUGCAUGUAUAUCUGCAGACUGUAGGCAUCUCCUCUCUAGGAUUUUUGUUGCCAAUCCAGCUAAGAGGAUCACGAUCCCAGAGAUACAACAACACUCUUGGUUUUUGAGAUACAUGCCUAAAGAAACUGUUGAACCUGGUAGAAAAUGUUACCAAGAAACAGAAAAUGAUGAAUUACCUAGGCAACAAAGCGUAGAAGAAAUCAUGCAAAUUCUACAAGAAGCAAGAACAACAUAUGUUGCUAAUGUUAACGUUGAUGGGAAUGUUGAAGAGAAAGUUGUUGAUGUUAAUUGUGAUGACUUUGUGAAAGUGGAACUUGUGUGA